AUGGCUGUGGAUUUGCUGCCCACUAAGGAGUCUGUGACGUUCAGGGACGUGGCCGUGGUCUUCAGCCAGGACGAGUGGCUGCACCUGGACUCUGCGCAGAGAACCCUGUACCGGGAGGUGAUGCUGGAGAACUAUGGCACCCUGGUCUCGCUGGGGAUUCCAUCUUCGAUGCCAAAGGUGAUCUGCCGGUUGCAGCAAGGCGAGGAUCCUUGCGUGGUGGAAAGGGAAACCCCUCAAGACGCCUGUCUGGGUUUCAAGACUUGGCCUGAAAUGGAAGCCUCACCUCCCAGACAGGACAUUUCUAUAGAAGAAACAUCUCAGGGAAUAAUAAAGAAAAAGUCCAUUAAGUUUGGUCACUGGGACAUCGAUUUUGGACAGACUUUGGAAUUGGAGAGUGGAACAGAACAGGAGCAACGGAAGAAACCUCUUCAGCAAAUCAUGACCUCACACAAAAAAACUGUGAGUGGAGAUGUAAAGCAGACACGUCUUGAAUUGGGGAAAGGCUUACUUAUAAAUACAAUUCUUGUCACACAACAGAGUGUUCCUAUAGAAAGGAUACCCAAUAUAUAUUACACUUUUGGGAGAGGUUUUAAACAGAAUUUUGAUUUAAUGAGAUGCAUCCAGAUUUACCCAGGAGAAAAACCUCAUCUUUGUAAUGAAUGUGGGAGAAGCUUCAACCAGAGUCUCCAUCUGAUUGAACACCAGAGAAUUCACACUGGUGAGAAACCCUACAGAUGUAGUGAGUGUGGGAAACCCUUUAGCCACAGAUCCUCCCUUCUUGCCCAUCAGAGAAUUCAUACUGGAGAGAAACCUUACAAAUGUAAUGAAUGUGAGAAGGCGUUUAGCAGCAGCUCGACCCUAAUCAAACACCUGAGGGUGCACACCGGCGAGAAACCCUACCAGUGUAAGGAAUGUGGUAAAGCCUUUAGCCAGUGUUCAACCCUCACUGUACAUCAGAGGAUUCAUACUGGAGAGAAACUCUAUAAAUGUGCUGAAUGUGAGAAGGCCUUCAAUUGUAGAGCAAAACUUCACAGACACCAAAGAAUCCACACAGGGGAGAAACCCUAUAAAUGCAGUGAAUGUGGGAAAGGUUACAGCCAGUUUGCAUCCCUGGCUGAACAUCAGAAGCUUCAUACUGGAGAACAGCUGUGUAAAUGCUUGGAAUGUGGGAGAACCUUCACACGCAUCUCCACCCUUAUUGAACACCAGCGAAUUCAUACUGGUCAGAAACCCUACCAGUGCAAUGAAUGUGGGAAAGCCUUCAACCAGUAUUCAUCCUUCAGUGAACAUCGUAAAAUUCACACCGGGGAAAAGCUUUACCCAUGUGGAGAAUGCGGGAAAGCCUUUGGUUGCAAAUCCAACCUUUACAGGCAUCAGAGAAUUCACACUGGAGAGAAACCCUACCAGUGUAAUCAGUGUGGGAAAGCCUUCAGCCAGUAUUCAUUCCUAACAGAGCAUGAGAGGAUCCAUACUGGCGAGAAACUCUACAAGUGCAUGGAGUGUGGGAAAGCCUACAGUUAUAGAUCAAACCUUUGUAGACACAAAAAAGUUCACACUAAGGAAAAACUCUAUAAAUGGAAGGAAUAUGGGAAUCCUUUUAUCUAUAGCUCCGCCCUUACUCAGUAUCAGAGAUUUCUCAGAGAUGAUGAGUCCUAUGAAGUUUAA